GAAACAGCCUCGGCCUUAACCUGCCCCUCCUACGGCGCCGCCUGGGGCCGUCCCAAGCCAAACCGCCUUCAAAUUGAGCCGUCACGGCUGCCGGGUGUUGCUGGGUCCGCGCAGGCCGUUUCCGCCUUGCUCCUGUGCACGGCCAUCCCCCAUUCCCCCUGCAGCACCUGCCGGCACCCGCGCCGAGCCGCCCCUACCGCCGUCUCACCAGUCUGCUUCUGCUGUGGCCGGCUUGUGAGCCGCCACAACUGUCGCGGCCUCCGAGCCGCUCUCGCCGGUGUGCUAAGCUGCCGCUGCGGUCGGCCAGCUUCAAGUCGCCGCCGCAGCCUUGAAUCCGCCGGCCGUCGCUGAGCCGCCCGCCCUUAUCCACUCGCGCGCUUCAGCUCGCCGCUGAGGGGCCUCUAAGCCGCACACCUCCGGCUCUAACCUGGCCACGCUUCUGUUUCCGAGUCGCCUCGGCCUCGAGUCGCCGUUUCCGCCGCGGUGGUCAACGGCCGCCACCGCCUUCAUACAGCCUUCCUUGCUGUCCUGUCGCGUUGCAACUGCUGCUCCGUACGCAGUGUCUAUAUUAGCUGCUGCUCACAAGGGAAUCAAGUACCAAGGCAACUCCGGACUGGGAUCAGGUGACAUGCCUCUUGGCAGUCACCGCGUAACAUGCGCCCUCCCAUCCACCGCUAUUUUUUCAUCCAACGGUUAUCAGCGAACAAAGUAAAAGAAGGCAACAGCUAGCAGUUUUGGCAUGGAGACGAGACGAUGCGGGUGAAAAAGAGGAAUAGGCGGGCUCCUCAGUUCUUUCCCGCGCCCGCUGCAGAGCAGAUGGAAUCGGCGCCGCACCGCCGCUGAGGGAACCGGCUACAUCGCCGCCGUCGCCCGCCACAAGGCCACAAGAUCCACCACCAGGUCGCCGCAAGGAAGUGGACGAGGGGUUGGGGUGGAGGGGCACCGCACGGAUGGCGACGGGGCCGGGGCAUCGCCGCCGCCGAGGUGAGUGAGGGAGCCGGGGCCGAGCCGCCGCGGAGGUGCUCGAGGAGGGGCUGUGGCUGAGCUGCACGCCGCGGAGGUGCUCGAGGGGGGCCGGGGCUGAGCCGCCACGGAGGUGCUCGAGGGGGGGCCGGGGUUGAGCCGUUGCGGAGGUGCUCGAGAGGCGCCAGGGCUGAGCUUCCACGGAGGUGCUCGAGGGGGUAGUGAUUGAGCCGUCGCGGAGGUGCUACGCCGACACGUCGGACCUCUCCGAUUCCGCCGAUUUGGGUGCUUCUCUGCUCUAGAUUGUGGAGCUUCUCCACCUCAACAGGAGCAACCUACAGGAGGUUCAGAGAAUUUGGGUAUUAUGCAAUUGUGAAAGUGUUGUGCAAUGGCACAAAUUGACAAGAGGAUACCUCAAGUUGGUAUGAGAUUCAAAGAUUCAAAUGAGGCUUGGAUGUUUUGGGUAGAAUAUGGGGGUCACAUAGGCUUCGAUGUGAGGAAAAGAUGCACCAACAAAAGCAAAUUUGAUGGAAAGGUGACUUCAUGCAGAUUUGUUUGUUCCAAUGAGGGUCUUAGAAGGAAAUGUCAAACCGAACGUGAGCCAAAGCGUUUUAGAGCUGAAACAAGAACUGAUUGUCUAGUUCGGAUGGUUAUUACAUUGGAUCGAGCGACAGAAAAUUAUGAAAUUACUGAAGUUGUGUUGGAACACAACCACUACCUUCAAUUGCCACAAACCCGCCACUUGUUGGUUUCACAAAGAAAGAUUUCAGAACUGCAAGCUUUCGAGAUAGAAACCGCUGAUGAUUCUGGAAUUAUGCCAAAACCCGCACAUGAGUUUGCUUGUCGUAAAGUUGGUGGGCCGCUUAACCUUGGCUAUACUUGCCGGGACCAAAAGAAUCAUUUGCGAAGCAAGAGACAGAGAGAAUUGGCUUUUGGACAGGCUGGGAGUAUGUUGAAGUAUUUUCGCGACAAAGUUGCUGAGAAUCCAUCAUUUCAAUAUGCGUUGCAGCUCGAUUGUGAGGAGAAUAUUGCCAACAUAUUCUGGCUUGAUGCUAAAAUGUUACUUGAUUAUGCACACUUUGGUGAUGUCACAUUUGACACCACAUUUGGCACAAAUAAAGAGUAUAGGCCAUUUGGUAUUUUUCUUGGGCUCAAUCAGUUUAGAGAAACCACCAUUUUUGGUGCUGCCUUGAUGUUUGAUGAAACACGAGACUCGUUUAUAUGGCUCUUCGAGAGUUUUCUAGCAGCACAUAAUGGAAGACAACCUAGAACUAUUUAUACGGAUCAAGAUAUAGCAAUGGGAAAAGCUAUAGAGCAUGUCUUCACGCAAUCAUAUCAUGGAUUGUGCACCUUCCACAUAAUGCAAAAUGCUGUCAAACAUUUAUCUUCAGUGAAGGACGAAGAGGAAGAUGAAGUGGAAGAUGAAGAAAAGGAGACUCACAUUCUCACUGAUUUUGGUGCAUGUAUGUAUGGCUAUGAGGACAAGGCAGAAUUUGAAGAAGCGUUUGAUAAUAUGAGACAAAAGGUGCAUAAGCAAACUUGGUUAGAUAGUAUCUACAAGGUGAAGGAAAAAUGGGCUGAAUGUUAUAUGAGAGAUGUCUUCAGUUUGGGAGUGAGGAGUACACAACUAAGUGAGAGCUUCAACAUUGCAUUGAAGAAUCAUUUGAAAUCAGAUUUCCAUAUUGUUCGAUUCUUGAUGCACUUUGAGAGGACGAUGGAAGUGAAAAGAAGAAAGGAAUUGGAAUCUGAAUUUGAGGCAAGGAAAAAAUUACCAAGAAUCAAAAUGUUCACACCUAUGUUGGUGCAAGCAAGCAAAGUGUAUACUCCAAUUAUUUUUGAAGCUUUCCAAGGUGAGUAUGAAAGAUCCAUGGCUGCAUGUUGUAGAGUAUUGGAUGGAAAUAACAAAUUUGGUGUUGCUAUUGGGAGUUUGCAUGAUGAUUUACAGUUCGAGGAGGAGCGCAUAGUGAUAGGUGAUCCUUUGACCCAAACCAUUUCAUGUAGUUGUGGAAUGUUCAAUAGGGCAGGAGUAUUGUGUGGACAUGGUCUCAAAGUUCUUGAUUUGCUGAAUAUAAAGACAAUGCCAACACAUUAUGUCUUAAAGAGAUUGACUAGAGAAGCACGCAAUGGAAGUAUACAAGAUAGGCAAGGAAGGAAUGUUGUAGAAAAUCCAAAACUAGAAGCUCAACUUCGGUACCAGGAUUUGUCUCAUAAAUUUCACAAUUUGGCACAUAAAGCAGCCAACUAUUUAGAAUGUUGUGUGCUAUUGGAGAAUGCACAUGAUUCCGUUGCUCCACAAAUAGAGGAUAAACUCAACGCAACUACUAGUGCUAUGAAUGAACCAUGUAAAGACAAGGAAAAUGUUGAACCAAAUGUCCAGCAAACAAAUGAGUUUCUUUGUUCCGCACAACUAAAGAAAAAAGAGGUUCAAUCAAGAAAUUUAAGGAGAAAGAAAGGUUGGCUUGAGAAGUUACUCAAGGGGAAGCGCAAGUCAACUAAAACUACCGCACCAACAAAAAAAGGAGCAAAGCAACAAAAGAAGGGGAAGCCUCAAGUGGAAGUGGAGAAGGAUGACAAGAACAAAGGAGCAAACUUGGAGUUUCAAGAGUGCAAUGCAAUCUUCAGUUUCACCCAACUCUUGACAACUCCACCUUGUGAUGUUCAUCAUUUGUUUUAGCAUGUGCAAGUCUUCUAGAUAGUAUUUUGGACAGAGUUAACUAUAGUUGGGGCUAACUAUAGUCUUUUGUGGCCUAAGUGUACAAGUAAAACGGCCUAUUUUGUGUACUCCGAUGAUUGUUUCACUAGCAAGACUUGUUGCUGCAGAAUUUACAUGUUGAGUACUGCUAGUGGCAGCAUGUAAUUUGGUCCAGCAAUACUAGUGUUGAUCUUGAGCAAGAAUGAUGGCUGCUGUUUCUUUCAA